ACCGGUCAGACCACUUCUGCCGCAAUUCCCCAAACCUCGCUGCACUCCAGUCCUUCGCCGACGACCCUCCUUCCACCGUGUCUCCCUCCGUGUGGCGGACGCAUUCGACCCCACGCGGCGACUCCACCCCGUCCUCAUGGCGACCGCCUGCCGCGCGUCGCGCCUCCCCUUCGCCGCCGCAACCUUCCUUCUUGUGCUACUUCUCGCGGGCGGCGGCGCGGCGGACGACGCCUCCAGCGACGACGACGCGGGGACCCCGCGGACGCCCGGCUGCUCCAACAAGUUCCAGCUGGUUAAGGUGAAAAAUUGGGUGAAUGGGACUGAAGGUGCAACUGUUGUUGGCUUAAGUGCAAGAUUUGGAGCCCGCUUGCCUAGAGAUAUGCAAGAAGCUCAAAAAUCAUUUGCUAUCCUCGCAAAUCCAUUUGCCUGUUGCUCCAACUUGACAUCAAAGUUAACAAAUUCUGUUGCUUUAGCAACACGUGGGGAGUGUGCUUUCACUGCUAAAGCAAAGACUGCUCAGGCAGGUGGUGCAGUUGGUUUACUAGUUAUCAAUGACGAUGAAGAGCUUUACAAGAUGGUUUGCAGCGAGAAUGACACUUCUAUUAACGUGACAAUACCUGUUGUCAUGAUACCACAGUCAGCAGGGAAGAAGUUGAAGGACUUCCUAGAUCAUGGAGCAAGUGUGGAAGUUCAGUUAUAUUCACCAAAUCGACCAAUUGUGGACCUUUCAGCAUGCUUCCUGUGGAUAAUGGCUUUAGGAACCAUAGUCUGUGCUUCACUCUGGUCUGAACUUGUUGCAUGCGAGCAGGUUGAUGAGCGUUAUAAUCAGCUGACCCGAAAGGAUGGACCAAACACAGGAACAAACUAUAGAGAAGAUAAAGAGAUCUUUGAGAUCAGCGCCAGGGGUGCUAUUGUUUUUAUUAUAAUAGCUUCAGUUUUCCUCCUCCUCCUGUUCUACUUCAUGUCAUCUUGGUUCGUUUGGGUCCUAGUUGUAUUAUUCUGCAUUGGUGGUAUUGAGGGUAUGCAUGUUUGCUUGGUCACACUUCUAGCUAGGAUUUUCAAGGAUUGUGGGCAAAAGACUGUACAACUUCCCUUUCUUGGGGAGGUCUUAACCAUAUCUGUUGGAAUUGUACCAUUUUGUGUGGUGUUUGCAAUUCUCUGGGCUGUGUAUCGGCAUGCUUCAUUUGCUUGGAUAGGCCAAGAUAUCCUCGGUAUAUGUUUGAUGAUAACUGUACUUCAGAUGGCACGCUUACCAAAUAUCAGGGUUGCAUCAGCACUUCUUAGUGCUGCAUUUGUGUACGACAUUUUUUGGGUUUUCAUUUCACCUCUUUUAUUCCAUGAAAGCGUCAUGAUUGCAGUUGCCCGUGGUGAUAACACAGGGGAAUCAAUUCCGAUGCUCCUAAGGAUACCUCGCUUCUUUGAUCCAUGGGGUGGUUACGAUAUGAUAGGCUUUGGUGAUAUUAUUUUUCCUGGAUUGCUUGUUGCAUUCAGCUAUAGAUUUGACAGGGUAAGCAAAAAGGGUAUCUUAAAUGGAUACUUUCUGUGGCUGACUGUGGGAUAUGCUGUUGGCCUUUUCCUUACCUAUCUUGCGCUUUUCCUAAUGGACGGGCACGGCCAACCUGCGUUGCUGUACCUGGUUCCAUGUACAUUAGGGCUUAUUGUUAUCCUUGGUUGGGUAAGAGGUGACCUACAUGACUUGUGGAACUACGGAAAAGGUCGAACUGAAAACGUGGUCGAUGAACCUUGAGAAGUGAAAUUCUGACUAAUGAUACCGGAUUGCUUGUGACUUCCAUUAUUCAAUCGACAGAUCUUCUGGGGCAGUAUCAGAGAUGCAUAGAAUUACCUUAAUUGAAAAGUUUUUACGUGUCUUUUCUUCUUUGUUAUAAUAGCGUAGUGCUCAUGUAUUAUUACGGGUAAUAUAAUAGAUUUAUAUAAUAUUAACAACAAAGUAAUACCAUCAAGUUUGUGCUCGUUCACUCCGUGUACAUAUCGUGUUGUGAUCAUGUAAGGCAUUGAUUGUUUGGGAUUUGAUUGGGAUUCCAAUUAAUUUGUCUGGGUUUCUAUUA